AUGUUGUUUAAAAGCAUCAGUUUUUAUGUUCGGAUGCAAGGUCAGGUGUAAACCUCUAAAAAGCUUUUAAUUGUACUUCUAACAAUACUGUGAUCUAUCUCCUGGCUGUUUCUUUCAUUCCCUGAAGUUUUUCCUUGUAAGACUUCAAAACAGGCUUCAUGUAACUGAAUUUACUUUCUUACACUGCAGCUGGUAAGUGUUCAGCAGAAGAAAAUAGUUAUCUGGGUUUUAUUGGCCAUGGUUUAUAUUUAGUACUAAAUUCCAAGCUUGUUAACUUAAUACGGAAAAUUUUAAUAUACAUAUUACAAAUAACAUUGCCAGGGAAACCACCUAAUUCUUUACUCCACAAUGCGUACCAAGUCAUUCCUUUGAGGUCAUCAUGUUUUGCACUUGUUUGCACCCAUGCAUAUGUGAUCAUAUAUUCUAUAUUCUCCUUUCACACAUAAAUGGGUUGUAGAUUAUCAGAGUUGAAUGGGCUUCCCAGUUUUCCAAUUAACAUGAUAAAUAAAGAGUUCAACCUCUAUUGCCCCCCCCCCCCCGUGUUUUGUAGACACUAAAAUAAAGUGUGACUUUUUAUUCCUUCUGUUCCACAAGUAAGACUUCAGUAUAGCAACAGAAAACCUCCAAUUAAUUAAAACAAACUUGUGAAAAUGGGCUUUUGGCUUUAGAGCAAGGGAAACUGAAGUCAGCCUGAGGAGGAGGAGGGAGAAAGAAAAUGGGGAGAGCAGAGAGACAAGCUUUGCCUUUUCUGGUAGUCAAAGUCACUGAAAGAAUAAAUAGGAAUUCUUUAGCUGCAGAAGAGCUGAGAUACAAACCAGAUUGUGGAGGCUGAUGCAUGACAAGGGAAGAGACUACACUUCAGAGCUGCUAAGUGAGAAAGUGAGCCAAAUCCUUGGGGCAACAUGGACGACGACUUUGACCGGCGCAUGGAGCUGAGGAGGCAGAGGAGAGAACAGAUGCGUCAGGACGCAGAAAAGGGUGUUUACAGUAAUGAUGAUGAUGAUGAGGAGGCUCGGGAGAGAAGGAGACGUGCAAGAGAAGAAAGAAAGAAAAUGAGAGACAUGGAGGAGUCUGGGACAAUGGACCUGAUCAACGCUAACAGCGUGACAGAGAUCGAAUCCUCUACAACUGCUACUGGAGGAGCAGAGGACGACCAGGCUUUGCUGGAGCGUCUGGCCAAGAGGGAAGAGCGCAGGCAGAAGAGAAUGAAGGAGGCUAUGGAGAGGCAGAAGGACCUUGACCCUUCAAUCAUCUCCACAAACGGCAUGGACAACAGCCUGCAGGAGCAAUCCUCCAUUAACAACAGCAACAAACAGACAGAGGAGGAAGAUGGGAAAACAGAGGAGAAGUCUGCUGAGGAAGAAGUCACAGAUACUGAAAUUAACUCUUGGGGGAGGGAGGAAGAGGAAAACAAGGAGGAUGAGAAGGAGACUGAAGAGAAGAAGGUAACAACUGAAGUGGAGCCUGGGGAACCUGAUUCAGAGAAGAAUGAUGCUGAGGAGGAAGCUGUUCCUGAUCAAAACAAGGAGGAAGAAGAAAGGAAGAGGAAAGAGGAGGAGGAAAGACAACGCAAAGAAGUGGAAGAAAAGCUAAGGAUGGAGGAGGAAGAGAGGCAGAAAAAGGAAAUGGAGGAAAAAGCAAAGAGAGAAGAAGAAGAAAGGAAAAUAAAGGAAGAGGAAGAACAGAAAAAAAGAGAAGAUGAGGAAAAACAACAAAGGGAGAUGGAAGAGAAGCACAAUAAAGAGGAAGAAGAAAAAGAAAGAAAGGAAAUAAAAGAAAAAAUGAAAGAUGAAGAAGAGGAAAGACAUAGUAGGGAGAUGGAGGAGAGACAAAAGAAAGAUGAGGCAGAAAAACUAAAACAGGAAGAGGAAGAAAGGCUGAAAAGGGAAGAGGAGGAAAGACAUAGAAAAGAGAUGGAGGAGAAGAUGAGAAAAGAAGAAGAAAAACAGAGGCAAAAGACUGAAGACCAGAAGAUAAAGGAGGAGGAGGAGAAGCUAAGGAAGAUAGAGCUGGAGGAGAAGAAGAAAAAAGAAGAAGAGGACAAGCUGAAAAAGGAGAUGGAAGAGAAGAAGAAACAAGAAGACAGGAGAAAACAAGACGCAGAACAGAAACAGAAGGAAGAGGAGAGGAGGAAAAGGGAGAUGGAGGAGAAAAAGAAAGAUGAGGAGGAGAAGAGGAAAAAGGAGGCAGAAGAGAAGAAGAAAAAAGAAGAGGAGGAUAAUCGCAAAAAGAGAGAGGCCGAAGAGAAGAAGAAGAAAAAGGAGGAGGAGAAACCAAAGAAACUUGGCUUCAAAGAGAAGAAUGAACCUCCCAAACUGAAUGGAGCCAUCUUUGAGAAUAAACUGAAGAAAACAGAAAAAACAUCAAGCAGGGACAGUGUUCCUUCCAGCAAGGCAGAUGAUGCUGAGCGUCAGGAGGCAGAGCGUAAGCUGCUGGAGCUGAAACAGCGACGGAACAACACGGAAACCGAGGAGCUCGAGAAGAUGAAGCAGAAGCAGCACAAUGCAGAAGCUGAACUGGAGGAGCUAAAGAGGAAGAGAGAGGAGAGGAGGAAAAUCCUGGAGGAGGAGGAGAAGCAGAGGAAGAAGGAGCAAGAGGAAAAGAAAGCCAAGGAGCAGGAGGAGAGAAAGAGGAUGAAGGAAGAGAUAGAGAAAAGAAGAGCAGAGGCUGCAGAGAAGAAGAAACAAAUGGGCGAGGAAGCAGCAAAACCUGAUUUCACCAUCAGUCCCAAAGGCUCCUCUAAGAUUGGGGAAAAAGCCGAAUUUUUGAACAAGUCAGCUCUGAAAAGCCCAACCAGGUUGUCGCAUACUCCAUUGGUGCCCAAGAUUGGUAACAGAUUGGAACAGUUUACCUCUGCCAUUCAGGGAAACAAAGAGGUGAAAUCCCCCAAGUCUCCUUUGGCUGAUAUUCCUGCAGGAGGCACACGUAACAUCAAAAGCAUGUGGGAGAAAGGCAUCGUGAGCAGCCCCCUUGAAAGUCCAGCUCCUGCAAACAAGGAUGUGGUUGGUAUCAGAGGAAGUGUGGCAGGACGCGUCAACAGCUUGAAGGCAAAGCCAGCAGAAACAGAGAAGACACCAGCUCCAGCUCCGGCUUCAGCUCCAGCUCCAGCAGCAGCAACAUCACCACCACCAGCUGCAAAGCCAGCAGAAGCCAAACCAGGUGAAGUGGGUAAGCGUGGCAUGUGGGAAACCAAAAGAGCCUCUACACCAGCCAAGGUGGCGGUCGGAGGAAAAAGCAAGUUUAAUUAGGAAAACGGAAACUGCUUGAAACAAACAAAAAAAAAAACAACUGGUGAAAGUUGUUUCCUGACUGAAAAGGUUUCUGCUCUCCUUCGUGCUCCUUUACCCUUCACCACACUUAUAAUUCCCACGUAGGCCCCACCAGAACGGGAACAGAGGAUCCAGGCUGCACGUCACCAGCAUCAGCUACCAUCCACGCUCUGUAGUAUCAGUAAUUCUGCACUGUUGCAUAUAUAAUGACCUUUAACCCCAAUCAAGGUGAAGUUGAAAUUAUUACACCUGAUUCCAGCUAUCUAGAUUACUGCCAUGACUGUUAGAGAGGAAUCAUAACCACUUAUUCAACUCAUUACAAUAUGACAUAGAAAUGUUACAACAAGAAUGAACAUUUAAUAAAUAAAUAAUUUAUUUAGAACAAUAACGGUAAUCUUCAGACAUCAUUGUUGGGAGUUACUCUUCACAAGAACUGGCCCAAGGAAUAAGUGAACUUAGCAACUUCUUAGGUCCUCCAAACCAACUGGGGGACCCCAACAGCACUACUACUGUCACCCAAGUCGAGUUUGCAAAUGUUAUUUUAUGUAGAAAGAGACGCAGGCCUAAUUAUGACUUAAACGAUCUUUGCUGUCAUCAUCACAUAGAGUAACAUUAACUUAGUCUUAACACUUUUAACUUGACUAUGACACUGCUCCUGGAGACAGCCCGUCAUCUGGAUAUUAGGAGAAAAGCCUGUAUAUAAUACAUGUGUUUCGGUAAAAUUAUUACCUUCUACGAUGAUGCUCUGUAGAUCAGUUAGAGGCCAUCAGUUUAAAGAGCUAUAUAGCUUCUAAAUGUUUGAAAUCUGUUUGUAUCACUUAGUUUGUUUUCCAAUGAAUAUGUUUUUCUUUAACAAAUCUUUUUUCCUGUUGCACAACAGAUCAGUUUUUCUAUUAAAGUAAGGACCAUUUUAAGCUUAUCAAACAGACCACUGAGUUUUUUGUCUAUUACUGCUCCUGGUUAUACAAAAUGCUUCACGUUUUGUGCAGAUAGCAACAGAAUCCUUACAUGCCACCUUUUUUUGUACUGUAGCUCAGUCUGUGAUACGUUGGAUAUCUAUGGAUCUAUUGGUUUAUCAUCUGCACCAACAACCUGUUUUUUUGAAAACCUGUAAUUAAGAUCGAAUGUCAGCAGUGCACAUUACAGUAGUUUAAUCUUGCCCAAAUGGUGUUGUGGUUGAUUGCCUUGCUUGAUUUGUUUUGACAAUAUUGGUUUUGGCAAUAAAAAAAAUGAAAAAAAGUA